UGGGGUGCCUGGGGGAGCGGGAGCCCCGUGGUGCUCCGUCCUGGGGGUGGCCAAGGACAUGGUGGUCCUGCGGGCUGGGCUCUGCCCCGGUCUCACCCAAGAGAUGAUCCAGCUUCUCCGGGUGAACGGCAUCAGGACUGUGAUAGACUUUGUGUCAUCAGACCUGGAGGACGUUGCCCAGAAGUGUUCCCUGUCUUACAAGGCACUGGUUGCAGUGAGACGUGUGCUCCUGGCCCAGUUCUCUGCCUUCCCUGCCAAUGGAGCAGACCUCUACGAGGAGCUCAAGAGCUCCACGGCCAUCCUGCCCACGGGGAGCCCAAGCCUGGACCAGCUGCUAGACUCCGGGCUGUAUACGGGAGAAGUGACGGAGCUCAUGGGAGUGCCGGGCAGUGGGAAGACGCAGGUGUGCCUGGGCAUUGCAGCCAGCGUGUCUCUCAGCCUCAAGCAGCAUGUCCUGUUUCUCGACUCCACGGGUGGGUUCACUGCCUCCCGUCUCUACCAGAUGCUUCGAGCCCGGGCAGAGAACGAGGAAGAGCAGCUGGAGGCUCUGCAGCGGAUCCAGGUGGUCCGUGUGUUCGACAUCUAUGAAAUGCUGAGUGCCUUGCAGGAGCUGCGGGAUCGCCUCUCCCAGCAGGUCGUGAGCUCCAUGGGAUCUCUCAAGAUCGUGGUGAUCGACUCGGUCUCGGCCGUGAUCUACCCGCUGCUGGGUGGCAAGCAGUCAGAGGGUUUGGCCAUCAUGAUGCAGCUGGCCAGGGAGCUGAAGACAGUGGCCAGGGAGUUCAGCCUUGCUGUUGUGGUGACUAACCAGGUGACAAGGGACAGCAGCACCGCUCCACUGAAGCCAGCCCUCGGCCGCUCCUGGAGUUUCGUGCCCAGCACCCGGGUGCUGCUGGAGAGCAAAGAAACCACCUGGGAGAAAGCCACCACGCAGCGCGUCGCUUCCUUGGCAAAGUCACCCCGGCAGCCCACAGGGAUACAGGUGGAGCUGGAUAUCGGCAACAGUGAUGUGCAGGAGCUGAGCCCAGCAACACCCACCCAGGGGCUCUGAUGCAGGCGGAAAAGCAAAUGUCAAGGUCCAAGAGAACUGUAAAAAAGCAGGCGAGCACACUGAAGGUUUUACAGACUGUUGCUGAGAGUCCUGCAGCCCCAGGAAGGACCAACAUGAAGAAGCUCUUGUUCUUCUGUGCUGGGGAGAAAGCGAGCGUGGGGUUCCUCAGAGAUCUCCUUGCCUCAGCAGAUGCAGCCCAUGGUGGCUGAGCUGUGUGGGCAGCACGACAGCCAGGUCCUCUCCUCCGCUGCAGGCUUGUCUCCAAGCAGCAGAGCCAGCCCUGUCCUAAGGUGUGGGCUUGGGGCCAGCUGGCGUGUCCCCGCACAAACCCAUGACUCCUCGUGCUGGGUUUGUUCCCCCCAUAACUCGCUGCCCUCUGGUCCCGGAGCUCUGACGGUCCUUGGGCAGCCCACAGUGGUCUUGGUUCAGAAAUAAAAAUAAAAAGAUGUUGCACACUACUGUG